UAACGCAUCACAGCGGUAUGUUAUACUGUGUUCGUCUCUCUGCCGCGAAGGUUGUUGUUUAUGCUAAUAGUGUCAGCUGCAUCUUGUGGUGUCAGUUUCUCAGGUCAUUCCCUGAUUUCUUCAAGUGGCUUGUUGGUACCAUAACCUGUUGAAAUAACUCCUUGGAAGGAACCCGUCACGACGAUGAAGUCCAAGAAAGUUAGAGAGACGAGCCAGAUGCAGAUCUAUGGCGAUUCCAUGCCCUAUCCUUCUUACCAUCAAUCAGAAUUGAAUUCCAGAAAACGUCGAGGAAACUUACCCAAAGAGUCUGUCAAAAUCCUGAAAAUGUGGCUUUACGAACACCGUUAUAAUGCUUACCCUUCAGACGAGGAAAAAAUGUUACUUUCGAAAGAAGCCAAUCUUAGUAUCUUACAAGUUUGUAAUUGGUUUAUCAAUGCUCGGCGUCGUAUCCUACCAGACAUUAUACGCAAGGAAGGCCAUGACCCUCUUCUGUAUACAAUUACCAGAAAGACGUCUCAUAAAAGACAAGGAUUGUACCAAUCACCAGACCUAAACACUUUGGAGACCUUGGAGAAGGAUAAACUUACAAAACCAGACACUCAAUAUUUAACGCCAAUUAACAACACAACAGUUGGUGAUUUCGAAUGUGAGGGUAGCUUCAGCGAUGGAUGUGCUGAUGAACACUCCAUUUUGCCAUCUUCACAGAAUGACAUGGCUUGUUCUUUAAAACUCGGGAAACGAUGGACUUACGGUCAUGAACGAGAUAUGAUUUCUCGAAAAUUUAAAUCGCCGUCUGUUUCUCAAAUUAAUUCCAGUGUACGUUCUAACAUCCAAACUGUUAAAAUGUCUUGUAAAGAAGUGAAAUCAUCAUUCUCAGUCCAACUUCCUUUCGUGACGAUAACUGCCUCUUCUGGAGUAUUUACUUCAUCCACAUUAGCAUGUUUUACUGGUUCUCCAAAGUUUGAAACACUUUCUGUUCCGGAUGAAGCCAAAUUUCGAAAUCCAGAUCCAAACAAACGUAGAACUGACACACCAAACAAAUGGAUAUACAACGCUUCUCAGCUAACGUAUCACGGAACCAAUAAAGAGGAUCCUUUUCGAUGUCUUAAUCUGUUGGUAGACGCUGCUGUUGAAGAACUAGAGAAGCGCGAAAUAAAAAACAAUGCUGCACAUUUAUGAUGAAACAUCAAGUUAUGUCAUUAUUGCAUAAUGUGCCUUUAAGUGUAUAUGUAUUGUAUAUCAAACAGUGUGGAUAUUACGCAAAUCGCUGGUAGAACGACGAUACCAGAAGAAAACAAUGCAUUGGACUACGAUGUCGAAGUUACUAAAAGUGUCAAAGUAUUGUGACAUGUUCUCCGUGAUUGAUAAACGGUUUUUAACAAAUCAAGAAAUUAGCACUUAUAUUUAAACGUUUGGCUUUUAUCCUUUAGAGAUUUUUGAAAGGAGUCUAAAGG